AUGCCCGGCUUCGGUGACUCGGCCGCAGCCACCCCUGGAGGCACAGGAUCGCCCGUAGCCAGUCUUGGCGCCCCGGGAGCCGCGUCCGCCGCCGCCGAGGCCCGGCAGGCCCCCGCAGGGGCGGCAGCGCGAGGCCUCCCGUGGGUCCGGCCUGCGCCCCCGCCCGCCGCGCCCUUCCUGCUGUACCCGGGUCGCGCCGACCCCCCGUUCUACGAGCCCUACGCGGGGGUGUUCCCGUGCGCGCCCUUCCCCGGCGGCGGCGGCGGCGGCGGCGGCGGGUUCGGGGCCUACGACGGCCCCUUGGAGCCCGCCUUCAUCCAGAAGCGCAACGAGCGCGAGCGGCAGCGCGUCAAGUGCGUGAACGCGGGCUACGCGCGCCUCCGCGGCCACCUGCCCGGCGCGCCCGCCGACCGCCGGCUCAGCAAGGUGGAGACGCUGCGCGCCGCCAUCCGCUACAUCAAGCACCUGCAGGCGCUGCUGGGCGCCGCCCCCGACGGCGCGGACCCGCCCCGCGCGCCCCCCCGCGCGCCCCACGCGCCGGCCCCCCCGGAGGACUCCGAGGAACCGGGACACUGA